AUGUCAUCUUCAGCUCAAUAUCAUGAGACUGAUGUCAAAUUAAAAGUGAAAAAAUCAAAAAACACUCCAAUUGAAUCAAAAUAUGAAAUAAAGUCAACUGAAAUAGAUGAAGAUUUAGAUCAAUUAAAAAGAAAUGAAUUUGAAGAAAAUAAAGAAACAAUUGAAUCAUGGAAAAAAUUAGAAUCUAUAUUAGCACCAAUUUUAUUUACAUUAUUAUCAUUCUUUGUUAGAUUUUAUCGUAUAUCAAUAAAUAAUAAUGUUGUUUGGGAUGAAGCACAUUUUGGUAAAUUUGGUUCAUAUUAUUUAAGACAUGAAUUUUAUCAUGAUGUUCAUCCUCCUUUAGGUAAAAUGUUAGUUGGUUUAUCUGGUUAUAUUGCUGGUUAUAAUGGAUCAUGGGAUUUUCCAAGUGGUGAACAAUUUCCUGAUUAUAUUGAUUAUACAAAAAUGAGAUUAUUUAAUGCAACUUUCUCAGCUUUAUGUGUUCCUUUUGCUUAUUAUACAAUGAAAGAAAUUGGUUUUAGUAUAUGGACUACAUGGUUAUUUACUUUAAUGGUAACUUUAGAAAGUUCUUAUGUUACCCUAGGUAAAUUUAUUUUAUUAGAUUCAAUGUUGUUGUUUUUCACUGUAACAACAGUAUUUUGUUUUGCAAGAUUUAAUAAUUUUAAUAAUAAAGAACAAGAAUUUGGUAGAAAAUGGUGGAAAUGGUUAUUUUUAACUGGUGUUUCUAUUGGUUGUGUUUGUUCAGUUAAAAUGGUUGGAUUAUUUGUAACUACUUUAAUUGGUAUUUAUACUGUAGUUGAUUUAUGGAAUAAAUUAGGUGAUAAAUCUAUAUCUUGGGUUAAAUAUGGUUAUCACUGGAUUGCAAGAAUUCUUGGAUUAAUUAUUAUACCAAUUACUAUAUUUAUGCUUUGUUUUAAAAUUCAUUUUGAUUUAUUAUAUAAAUCAGGUACUGGAGAUGCUAAUAUGUCGAGUUUAUUUCAAGCUAAUUUAAUGAAUUCAGAUGUUGGUGGAGGUCCAAGAGAAGUUUCAAUAGUUCAUUCAGUUGUAACUUUAAAAAACCAAGGAUUAACUGGUGGGCUUUUACAUUCUCAUGUUCAACAAUUUCCAGAAGGUUCAAAACAACAACAAGUUACAACAUAUGGUCAUAAAGAUUCAAAUAAUAAUUGGAUAUUUCAAAGACCAAGAGGUCAACCAUUUUAUGAUCCUUCAGGUAAUAAAACUGAUAUUGAAUAUAUUUUUGAUGGUAUGCAUGUUAGAUUAAUGCAUCCACAAACUGGUAGAAAUUUACAUACACAUGAGAUUCAAGCUCCCGUAACAAAAACUGAGUUAGAAGUUGCAUGUUAUGGAAAUUUAACUAUAGGUGAUAAUAAAGAUAAUUGGAUUAUUGAAAUUGCAGAACAAGCAAGUAAUGAAGAUAAAAUGAGAUUACAUCCAUUAACUACUUCAUUUAGAUUAAAAAAUGAAGUAAUGAAUUGUUAUUUAGGAGUUACUGGUGCUACAUUACCACAAUGGGGUUUUAGACAAGGAGAAGUUGCAUGUUUUAAAAAUCCUUUUAAAAAAGAUAAAAGAACUUGGUGGAAUUUAGAAAAUAAUAGAAAUGAAAUUUUACCACCAGCUCCAGAAGAUUUUAAAUUACCCAAAACAAAAUUUAUAAGAGAUUUUAUUCAAUUAAAUUUAGCAAUGAUGGCUACAAAUAAUGCUUUGUUGCCAGAUCCAGAUAAACAAGAUGAUUUAGCUUCAUCAUUUUGGCAAUGGCCUACAUUAAAUGUUGGUAUUAGAAUGUGUGGUUGGGGACCAGAUAAACCAAAAUAUUUUAUGAUUGGUUCACCUGCAACAACAUGGACUUCAACUUUUGGAGUUAUAUUUUUUGCAUUUUUAACAUUAUAUUAUUUAAUUAGAUGGCAAAGACAAUAUAUUGAUUUCCCUUCAACAAAUAAAUUAAAAUUAAAACAAUUUAUAAUGGGAGGAAUUUAUCCAAUGUUUGGUUGGGGAUUACAUUUUAUGCCAUUUGUUAUAAUGGGUAGAGUAACAUAUGUACAUCAUUAUGUACCAGCAUUAUAUUUUGCAAUGAUUGUAUUUUGUUAUGAAGUUGAAAGCUUUACAUCAUUUUUAAAGGGGAAAUUAUCAUUAAAAACAAGUAAAAUAUUAAAUUUUAUAAUAUAUUUAUCUUUAUAUUCAUUAAUUGGUUUUACAUUUUAUUAUUUUAGAUUUUUAUCUUGGGGUAUGGAAGGAGCAAAAGAAAAUUGGAAACAUUUAAAAUUAUUAGAAAGUUGGAGAGUAAGUGACGAUAAUUAUCAAUAA